AUGAGAUACGAAUCACCGGCGACGACAAAAGAAGCUGUCGCGCUGCUGGCAAAAGAAAAAGGCCCUGCCUUUGUGUUAGCUGGCGGCACCGACUUGUUGGUGCGGAUGAAAACUGGGCUUUCAGAGCCGGCGUUAGUAGUCGACAUCAAACGCAUUCCAGAUAUGAAUACAAUAAAAACCACGCAAAGUGGCUUCCGCAUCGGCGCCGGCGUAUCGGGCGCACAACUGGGUGCAAAUAAAGCCAUCAACAAAGCAUGGCCAGGUGUGGUUGAAGCAACCAAUCUGAUUGGUUCAGACCAGAUCCAGGGUCGCUGCACCAUGGUGGGCAACUUGUGUAACGCAUCUCCUGCUGCGGACAGCGUACCCGCCAUGAUUGCUGCCGGCGCUAAAGCUGUUGUGGUCGGCAAAGGUAAACGCCGCACGGUACCAGUUGAAAAAAUUGUUGUCGGUCCGGGCAAAACAUCCCUUAAGAAAGGAGAAGUGAUAGAAGCCAUCACGCUGCCCAAACCCGCCAAACGCACCGGCGAUGCCUACCUGCGUUUUACGCCACGUACAGAAAUGGACAUCGCCGUAGUGGGUGUCGGCAUCAGCCUGACGCUGGAACGCGGCGUUGUUAAAAAAGCGCGGGUCUGCCUGGGUGCAGUUGCACCUACCGCCAUAUUGGUCCCCGCUGCUGCCAGAGCUUUGGUGGGUUCCAAACUGGACGACGCAGCGCUGGACAAACUCGCCGCUGCCUGCAGCAAAGCGUGUAACCCCAUUGACGACAAGCGCGGUACUGCCGCCUAUCGCACACGCGUUGCCGGAGUCCUGGCCAAACGUUGUGGUACCGGCGAUUGCGGUGCGUGCAGUGUGACUCUGGACGGUCAGCUGGUCUGUUCCUGCCUGGUCCUGGGCGUGGAAGCCAACGGUCGCGAGAUCGGCACCGUCGAAGGACAGAAGUUCGAAGUUGUUGGUAACCGUUUCUUGCGCCCGGAUGGCAUUGACAAAGUUACCGGCAAGGCACGUUACGGCGCAGAUGCCAGUGCUCCAGGCCAAUUGGUUGGGUUAGUACUGCGCUCGCCGCAUGCCCAUGCCAAAAUCAAAAAAAUAGAUAUAUCCAAAGCAGAAAAGCUGCCCGGCGUUAAAGCCGUCAUCACCUGUGACGAUCUGCCUGAUCUGACCGGAGGCAAUGCCGGCAAUGCGCAUAUCCUGGAGAACUGCAUGGCGCGCGGACGCGCGCUGUACGACGGCCACGCCGUGGCAGCCGUUGCAGCAGUGGAUCAGCAAACGGCACGUAAAGCAUUAAAACUCAUCAAAGUGAGUUAUCAGAAGCUGCCUCACGUCACCGACGUAGACGAGGCCAUGAAGCCAAGCGCGCCGGUGAUUCACGACUGGUGUUUUACGGGCGGCAUGGAAGAAAAACCUACCAAACCGUCGAAUAUCGCUAACCGCACCCAAAUGGGUCACGGUGAUGUGGACGCAGGUUUUGCAGCAGCUGACGUGGUCAUUGAAAAGUCGUACAAAACCGAGCAGACGCACCAGGGUUACAUCGAACCCCAUGCGUGCCUGGCUUCAGUAAAUCCAGACGGUACAGCUGAGCUUUGGGUAACCACCCAGGGACCUUUUGCCUACCGUACUGUAUGCGCUGCUUUGUUGGGCCUGGAUAUCGCGAAACUCAAAGUGACUUCAUCAGAGAUUGGCGGCGGAUUUGGCGGUAAAACCCACGUCUGGACAGAACCUCUGGCACUGGCGCUUUCUCGCAAAGCCAAUCGACCGGUUAAGCUGGUGAUGACCCGGGACGAGGUGUUUCGCGCCACCGGUCCAACCGCCUCAACGUCUGUUGAUGUCAAAAUUGGUGCCACCCGCAAAGGUGUCAUUACCGCAGCAACCCUUGAGCUACGUUAUCAGGGCGGCGCCUUCCCGGGACCUUGGGCAAUGCUUGCCUGUAUGACCGGGUUCGCCUGUUACAACAUCGAAAACCAGCGCUCCGUGGGCUGGGAUGUCAUUGUUAACCGACCUAAGGUUGCGGCUUACCGCGCGCCUUCAGCCCCCAUGGCUGCGUACGCGGUAGAAAGCACAAUGGAUCUUGUGGCAGACGCCAUUGGCAUGGAUGCAGUGGAUUUCCGCCUCAAGAACGUCGCCAGGGAAGGUACACAAGCGCCUUAUGGCCCCAUAUAUGGUCCGAUUGGUAUCGAGGCUGCGUUGCAGGCCGUUAAGAAACAUCCGCACAUGAAAACCAGGCUUAAGAAGAAUCAGGGCCGCGGCGUCGCUUGUGGUUUCUGGUUCAACAUUGGCGGGCAAACCUGUGUUGAUCUGAACAUCGGCACAGAUGGCACGGUCAACCUGGCAGUGGGUACGGUCGAUGUGGGCGGUGCACGCUCCUCGCUAGCCAUGAUUGCGGCAGAAGAGCUGGGUAUUGGUUACGAAGACGUCAAGGUACAAGUUGCCGACACAACGUCUCUGGGACACAACGACACCACAGAAGGCAGCCGCGGUACAUUCUCGUCGGGCAUGGCAGCGAUCUUUGCUGCACGUGAUGCUAUUGAGGUAUUAAAAGGUCGUGCGGCCAAGAUGUUGGAUGUACCCGUAGACGAUAUUGUCUGGGAAAAAGGCGAAGCGCGAGCAACAGGUAAAGGACACAGUAAUCUGCCGUCUUUAUCCCUGAAAGAAAUCGCCAGAAAAUCACCCAAUACCGGUGGUCCUAUCGCGGGUCACAAUGAGAUUGUAGCGGACGGUGCCGGCAUGGGAUUUGCUGCACACAUCUGCGACGUGGAAGUUGAUCCAGAAACCGGCUUAAGCAAGAUCCUGCGCUACACCGUUGUGCAGGAUGCAGGUAAAGCCAUCAACCCGGAUUAUGUCGAAGGCCAGUUCCAGGGUGCUGCCGCACAAGGUAUUGGUUGGGCACUGAAUGAAGAGUACGUUUACGGCAAGGACGGUCGCCUGCAGAAUCCAGGCUUCCUCGACUAUCGUAUACCGGUCUGUUCCGACCUGCCGUUUAUCGAUACGCAGAUCCUGGAGAUUCCAAACCCGACCCAUCCCUAUGGCAUCCGCGGUGUAGGGGAAACCUCUAUCGUCCCGCCGUUGGGCGCUAUCGGCGUAGGUGGCGUUGCCUCGAUCGAGAUCGAGGCAGCCACCAUUGCUGAGCUCAUGAGCAAACUGAUCGAAAAAUAUCCAGAUAUGUCUGCACAUCUGGAUAAAGGCAUCGCCGUCGCCAUCGACGGCGUGGUCUUUCGAGAUGACUGGACCCAGAAGAUUCCACCCGCUGACAACCUUAACAAUGCGAGAAGUGCUGCCACCCGCACGCGCCUGAUCGCAAGCACCAUCGAUUCUCUUGUAGAACUGGGUUAUACAAAAACCACCGGUGUGGAGGUCUGUCGCCGAGCAGAAAUGACCAGAGGCGCGCUAAACCAUCAUUACUCAGACUUUGCCGAUCUGUUGGUUGAUACACUCGAUCAACUCUACCAUCAGCUACUGGACCUGAAAAUUGAGGGCAAUAUCGGUCUUCUGGAGCAGAUUACGUUAGAGGGCCAUCUGCGGGUCACCCAGCGCGAAUUCAAAGCGGUGAUUGAAUUGUGGCUGGCGUCGAGAAACGAUGAAGCGUUUGGCACGCGCCUGGCUGAAGCCAUCACUCAAGGCUCAGAAUUAUUCUCCCCAGAGAUGGUGUUGGCGCGCAAACGUGAACACAAACGCUUAAAAGAGUUUGAAGCCAUCUACCGCACCAUUACCGAGGCACUGAUUGGCAUUGGUUUAGGUCGCGCCAUAAGUGGCGGCAAACCCAUGGCCCACGAAGUCACAGUUCUACAGUGGCUGCAGAAACUGGACGGCAAACUGAAGCGCAUGAUUGCCCACAACAAUCCGGCCUUGGCACGCAAUGUCUGUUACAAAGGUACUGCGGCUCCACAUGUGCACAAUCACGCUGAUCGACUGACCAAGCCGCUGAAACGUGUCGGCGCGCGCGGUGAAGACAAGUGGGAAGAAAUUUCCUACGCACAGGCGAUGGAUGAAAUUGCUGAGCGUCUGCAAAAAGUUGUGCAUCAGUACGGGCCUGAAUCGCUUGCCGUAUCCACCUCAGGCUGGAACACCCAGACCACACACAGCAUGGACCGGCGCUUCAUGAACGCCUUAGGCUCGCCCAACUAUAUCAGCGGCGUAUCCCUUUGCGCGGGCAACACAGCCGCGGUUAACAAGCUUACCUACGGGUGGUUUCCGUUUGCUGAUAUCGCCAACUCCAAGUGCAUCGUGCUGUUCGGUCACAAUCCGCGAAAACACAGUUGGACACCGAUCUACAACAUGAUUAACGCCGCACGGGAAAAAGGUGCCAAGGUUAUUGUCCUCGACCCUCGAAUCUCCGACCAGGCUGAGGUUGCAGACAUGCACUUGCGCCUGCGUUCAGGCACAGACGCGGCGAUGUGUCUCGGGUGGCUCAACGUCAUCAUCAACGAAGAGCUAUACGACAAAACAUUUGUGGCUGAGCACACCACUGGAUUUGAGGAUUUGUGUAAUCGCGUCAACGAAUACCCCCUUGAACGGGUCGCCGAGAUUACCGGCGUGGAGGCUCAGCAGAUUGCUGAAGCGGCGAGACUCUAUGCCAGCGCCUCAAGCGCCUGUAUUCCCUGGACGCCGAUCACGGACAUGCAGAUUUCAUCAACAUCCGCCAUUCGGCUACAAAGCAUUCUGCGUGCUCUAACCGGCAAUAUAGACAUCCCCGGCGGGGAGAUAUUUGGCGGCUUUGAUCCAAACUAUAUCCCGGAAUCCAAACUGGGCAAUCAUGAGAUGUUGAGCGCAGAGCAAAAAGGCAAACAACUGGGUGCAGACCUGCAUCCUGUAUAUACCUAUCGCGCCCAGGAGAUGCUUACAGAGCAUACAGAACGUGUUUACGGCUACGGCUACGCCGAUAUCGUUAUGGGGUGUUACAUGGCCAACCCAAGCGCUACUUUUCGGGCUAUGGCAACUGAAAAGCCCUACCCGGUGAAGGCCUUUUUUGUGCUCGGUAACAAUGCGCUCAUGAGCUAUCCCAAUCAGCAUCAGAUCCUUAAAGGCAUGAUGAAUCAGGAACUGAUUGUUGCGCACGACAUCUUCAUGACACCCACCGCCUUGUUAGCAGACUACGUACUGCCUGGCGAUGUAUUCAGCGAGCGUAACCAUCUGUCUGACUACUGGAACUGGAAACUCGGUCUGACCCUGUCGCAAAAAGCUGUCGAGCCGCCGCCCGAAUGUUCCAGCACCUUUGAGUUCUGGCAUGAUCUUGCUCACCGUAUGGGUUACGCAGACCUGUUCCCCUGGUCGACCAUAGAAGAAAUGCUCGACUAUCGCCUCUCUCCUUCCGGUAAAACCUUUGCGGAAUUUUCCGACGAGCACUAUAUGUUCAUUGAACCACCUGAAUAUCGAAAGUAUCGAAAAACAGGUUUCGCCACGCCUUCGGGUAAAGUUGAGCUGAAAUCCAGUCUGCUGGAGAAAUUGGGAUUCGAUCCCCUGCCCUAUUACAGGGAAGGACCUGCCGUAAGUGAGGCGUACCCCUACUAUGUGUUCACUGGUGUUCGCGAAGACGCAUUCUUCCAGACCGGACAACGCCAGGUAAAAGUUUUACGAGAUCGAAUGCCUUCACCAAAACUGUUUAUGCAUCCUAGCGAUGCCGCACGCCAGAACAUUAUUGACCACGAUUGGGUUAAGUUGCAGACGCCAACCGGGGAAGUCACAGCCAAGGUGUUGAUCAAAACAUCAAUGAAAGAAGGUCACAUCCGAGUGCCACAUGGCUGGUGGUAUCCUGAAAUGCGCGGCACCGCAAAACUGUCCGGCGCGUUUAUCAGCAGCGACGCUGUCUUGUGCCCGGACGAUCCGGAAUUUUUAGACCAUGAACAAGGUAUACCCCACUUCAAAGGUUUUCCCGGCAGGAUCGUAAAACUGGCGGAGCCUCCGGCCGGCAUGUCUGAACAGGUAUUGAACGGUUGA